AGUAAAGAUUAACCCCCACCUUCAAACGUAUUGAAACCCUGCGUUUUGUUCCAGAAAAACAGGGUUUGAUUUGAUCGGAAGGUGUUUGAGAAUUGGACCCAGGCAGCGAAUGAAAUCACUUUUUUCUGGGUGAGAUUUUUUUUUUAGUGAAAUGGAAGAAAACAGAACUCCUUUGUUGGAAAGAGAAGAAUACUAUGAAAGCUGCCCAGGUUGCAAGAUGGAUCGUCUCAAACAAGAACAAACUGGGGUCCCAUACAUGUUCUUGUCUUUUAUUUGGAUUGUCUCCCUCUGUACUGCUUUGCAAAUAGCAUCACUAUUCCCUUUUCUUUACUUUAUGAUCAGAGACUUUCAUAUUACAAAAAGAGAGGAAGACAUUGGCUUCUAUGCAGGAUUUGUGGGGUCUUCAUUUAUGGUUGGAAGAGCUUUGACAUCUCUUUUCUGGGGAGUGGUUGCUGAUCGAUAUGGCCGUAAACCUGUUAUAUUGAUAGGGAUAUUUUCAGUGGUUGUAUUCAACACUCUCUUUGGCCUUAGCACAAGCUUUUGGAUGGCACUGUCCAUGAGAUUCCUUCUUGGGUGUUUCAAUAGUCUACUUGGCACAGUAAGAGCGUAUGCUUCUGAAGUAUGUAGAGAUGAGUAUCGGGCUUUGGCGCUUUCAGUUGUUAGUACAUCUCGAGGCAUAGGACUGAUUAUUGGGCCUGCCAUUGGUGGAUUCUUUGCACAGCCUGUAGAGAAAUACCCAAAUAUAUUCACGGAAAGCUCCAUCUUCGGGAGAUUUCCCUACUUCUUACCAUGCCUCAUAAUAUCAGUUUAUUCUGUUGGAGUUCUUAUUGCCUGCAAAUGGCUCCCUGAAACAUUACACAAGCAUGCUGCAAAGGGAAAUGAGGCAGUUGAUCCAUAUGAUAUUCCAGAACUUUCUUCAAAUGAAUCUGGUCGGAAAGACAAUGUGGUAGAACUUGAAGACAGACAGAUUGACAAGCCAAAUCUCUUUAAAAACUGGCCACUAAUGUCUACUAUCGUAGUAUACUGCAUUUUCUCACUUCAAGAGAUGGCUUACUCAGAAAUAUUUUCACUUUGGGCAGUUAGUGAUAAAAAAUAUGGAGGAUUAAGCUUUUCGUCCCAAGAUGUUGGUGAAGUUCUUGCUAUCUCUGGAUUUGGCCUUUUACUGUUUCAACUGCUGUUGUAUCCGCCAGUUGAAAAGCGCCUUGGGCCGCUCAUGGUUACACGCCUUUCAGCUGCAAUAUCAAUUCCAUUGCUGUCAUGUUUCCCCUAUAUAGCACUGCUUUCAGGGGUAGUGCUACAUUUGGUGAUAAAUUGUGCAUCCAUAUUAAGAAAUACUCUAUCUGUUUCACUCGUUACUGGACUAUUCAUAUUGCUGAACAAUGCAGUGCCUCAAAAUCAAAGAGGAGCUGCUAAUGCCAUCUCAAUAACUGCAAUGUCUGUUUUCAAAGCAUUUGGUCCAGCAGGAGGAGGAGCCCUCUUUUCUUGGGCACAAAAGCGACAAGUCGCCUCCUUUCUCCCAGGAGAUCAAAUGGUUUUCGUUGUGCUAAACGUUAUUCAGUUGGUCGGGUUGAUAUUGACUUUCAAGCCCUUUCUUGCCGUCGCCGAGACUCGUUCUUAAGUUUUUCAAAGGAU